CAAAUCUUAUUAAUUAAAAAUGUUCUCAGUACUAAGACAUAGACAGGCUUUGGGCAUGGCUAGAACCAUGUACAAGACCACUGUCUCUCCUGCUCUCUAUUCCAACGCUGCUUUAGCUAGAUAUUUCGGACAGAUUAUCCAGAUCCAGCUUCCUGAUCUCGGUGAGGGUACAAAAGAAGCUACAAUUAAGGAGUGGUUCGUCAAGAAAGGUCAAGAAAUAGAUGAAUUUGAAGAAAUCUGUGAAGUCUUCACAGAUAAGCUCGUUGCCCAGAUCCCAAGCACUCAUAGAGGUGUCCUCAAAAAGAUCUACUACAAAGAUGAUGAAAUAUGCCAGGUAGGAAGUACAUUAGCGGAUGUUGAAAUUUUGGAAGGGGAUGAAGUGAGCACAGUAGAUAUUUCUCAAGAAACUUCAGAAGAAGACUAUUCCUCUGAUGAAGCAUCAGCAGCAGCAACUCCCGCAGAUUCUACACAAGUAGCUCAGAAGAUUGAUGCCGUAGGUGGUAAGGUCCUUGCCACUCCUGUAACAAGGAAUUAUGCCAAAACUAAAGGAGUUGAUAUUACUCAGGUGGUUGGCUCAGGAAAAGAUGGUAGGGUCACAAAUGAAGAUAUUGACGCAUUUAUUAACAAGCCAGCUUCUCUACCAAGUGGAGGUAGAUUUGUCCCACAACAACCUCCUCUUACUGGUAUCACAGAGGAUGAUCAAGUAAAGAAAAUUGGAGGAAUUACUAAAGGAAUGGUUAAAACAAUGACUGAGUCUUUAGAUAUCCCAUUCUUCACAUAUCAAGAUGAAUAUGAUGCUACUCAGUUGAUAAAAUUGAGGAAAGAACUUAAGAAGACCAACGAGAAGCUUACUAUGCUUCCAUUCUUCAUUAAAGCAAUCUCUUUAAGCAUGAGAAACAGUCCAGGGAUGAACAUCAAUGUAAAUCCAGAGACUGAUGAAGAUGGAUAUAUUAAAGAAUACAUAAUUAAGCAUGACCACAACAUCGCAGUCGCUAUUGAUUCUCCAAAUGGUCUUGUAGUACCAAUUUUGCAUAAAGUCCAGAACAAAUCGAUUCUCGAAAUCAACGAAAACAUUCUGGAACUUCGUGACAAAGCUUAUGCAGGAAAACUAACCAGAGAAGAUUAUGCCAAUGGAACUUUCUCUGUCUCUAGUGUCGGAAAUUUGGGAGGUACCUACUUCGUCCCCACUAUCCUCAGACCCCAGGGAGCAAUUGUAGCCAUCGGGAAGGCUACUAAAAAGCCAAGAUACCUUGGAGAAGUCAACGGGGCUCACCAAUGGGAACCAAUUGAUGCAAUCAACUUCAGCUUCUCUUGAGAUCACAGAGUUAUCGAUGGAGCAACAUGUGCAAGAUUUUCAGAGGAUAUCAGAAAGCUAAUUGAGAAUCCUCAAAAUAUGCUGUUGAAUAUGAAUUAA